UGAAGGGUGGCAGUAGAUGAAGCCGCUCGGUAGAGACCAAAACCAACAGAGAAUGUUGACGGGGCCAGUGGCCGUGGAGCUACUGUUGGUUUAAUAAUUAAAACAUCAGGCAGAAUAUACACAAACUGAUGGGACAAUUGUUGUGUGAUGGAGAGAGAUUUCUGUUUGUAUGACGCAUACAUGCGAAACGGAUGCGUUGUGUAAUACAUCGAAAUAUUUGUCGAUGGGGAGGAAUAUUAAUGGUUCGAGAGAUUUUGUCGGAGAAGCUAGCUAACUUUGCUAGCACGCUUAGCUAGCUAGCCGCUAGCUACCUGCGUUUGAGGAAAUUCUGCGAGGAUGCUACGUUGGAUACGGCAACAGCUGGGCUUUGACCCUCCCCAUCAGAGCGACACCAGGACGGUGUACAUCGCCAACCGCUUUCCCCAACAUGGCCAUUAUAUCCCUCAGCGCUUCGCUGACAACCGCAUCAUAUCCUCCAAGUACACCAUCUGGAACUUUGUGCCCAAGAACCUGUUUGAGCAGUUCAGAAGGAUAGCCAACUUUUACUUUCUCAUCAUCUUCCUCGUGCAGCUAAUGAUUGAUACACCCACUUCUCCAGUAACAAGUGGACUUCCUCUAUUCUUUGUCAUCACAGUAACAGCCAUCAAGCAGGGGUAUGAGGACUGGCUGCGGCAUAAAGCGGACAACGAGGUCAACGGGGCUCCGGUGUUUGUGGUCCGCAGCGGCAGCCUCGUGCAGACGCGCUCCAAAAACAUCCGAGUUGGGGACAUAGUGAGAGUAGCCAAAGAUGAGACGUUCCCGGCAGACCUGGUGUUGUUGUCGUCGGACCGAGCGGAGGGCACCUGCCACAUCACCACGGCCAGCUUGGAUGGGGAGACCAAUCUGAAGACCCACUUUGCGGUGCCAGAGACAGCCGUAUCCCAGUCGGUGUCCAGACUGGAGGCCCUGCAAGCGGUGGUGGAGUGCCAGCAGCCCGAGGCUGACCUGUACAGGUUUGUGGGCAGAAUAACGGUAACACAGCAAGGAGAGGAGAUUGUAAGACCAUUAGGACCAGAAAACUUACUGCUAAGAGGAGCUCGGCUGAAAAAUACCAAAGAAAUAUUUGGUGUUGCCGUGUACACGGGCAUGGAGUCCAAGAUGGCGCUUAAUUACAAGUGCAAAUCACAGAAGCGGUCAGCAGUGGAAAAAUCCAUGAACACAUUUCUCAUCAUCUAUUUGGGAAUCCUACUGUUCGAGGCCAUCCUCAGCACCAUCCUCAAGUAUGCCUGGCAAGCUGAGGACAAGUGGAACGAGCCCUUCUACAACCAGAAGACUGACCUGGAGAGAAACAGCAGCCAGAUUCUGAAGUUCAUUUCGGAUUUCCUGGCGUUCCUUGUGUUGUACAAUUUCAUCAUCCCAAUAUCACUGUAUGUCACUGUGGAGAUGCAGAAGUUCCUGGGCUCAUUUUUCAUUGGCUGGGAUUUGGAUUUGUACCAUGAGGAGAGUGACGAGAAGGCGCAAGUCAAUACCUCAGAUCUCAACGAGGAGCUUGGACAGGUGGAAUACGUGUUCACGGACAAAACUGGAACGCUUACUGAAAACGAGAUGCAGUUCCGAGAAUGUUCCAUUAAUGGGAUCAAAUACCAGGAGAUCAACGGCAAGCUCAUCCCAGAGGGAGUGACUGACGACUCACCAGACGGCUCCAUCCCUCAUCUGAUCCGUGAGGAGGAGCUGUUCCUGAAAGCAGUCUCGCUGUGCCACACGGUGCAGAUCAGCUAUGACCAGGCGGAUGGUUUUGGCGAGCCGUUCUCCCACACUAACGGCUUCUCCCAGAUGGAGUACUACGCCUCCUCACCUGAUGAGAAGGCGCUGGUGGAGGCCACCAAAAGGAUGGGGGUGACAUUUAUAGGGAGCAAUGGAGAAUACAUGGAGAUUAAGACAUUUGGAAAAGCUGAACGAUAUAAACUGCUCCAUGUUUUAGAGUUUGACGCAAACAGAAGAAGAAUGAGUGUGAUAUUGCAGACACCCUCAGGGGAGAAAGUGCUGUUUACCAAAGGAGCGGAGUCGGCAAUUCUUCCCUACAUCAAGAGUGGGGAGCUGGAGAAGACCCGAGUCCACGUGGAUGAGUUUGCGUUGAAGGGUCUGCGGACGCUGGUGGUGGCGUGCCGGCACUUCAGUGCAGAGGAGUACAAGGAUGUGGACCGGCGUCUGCACGAGGCGCGCACGGCCCUGCAGCAGCGCGAGGAGCGCCUAGCCGACGUCUUCAGCUUCAUCGAGCAGGACCUGGAGCUGCUGGGAGCCACUGGCGUCGAGGACAAGCUGCAGGAGAAGGUGCAGGAGACCAUCGAGGCGCUGCGUCUGGCUGGCAUCAAGGUGUGGGUGCUGACCGGCGACAAGCACGAGACAGCAGUCAGCGUCAGCCUGUCCUGCGGUCACUUCCACCGCACCAUGAACAUCCUGGAGCUCGUCCAGCAGAAGUCCGACAAUGAGUGUGCCGAGCAACUCCGCAGACUAGCCCGCAGGAUCAAAGAGGACCAUGUGAUCCAGCACGGGCUGGUGGUGGACGGGGCGAGUCUGUCUCUGGCUCUGCGGGGGCACGAGAAACUCUUCAUGGAGGUGUGUAAAAACUGCUCCGCUGUGCUCUGCUGCAGGAUGGCCCCCCUCCAGAAAGCCAAGGUGGUGCGUCUGCUGAAGACUUCGCCGGAGAAGCCCAUCACUCUGGCCAUCGGCGACGGGGCCAAUGACGUCAGCAUGAUUCAGGAGGCCCAUGUUGGCAUAGGUAUCAUGGGGAAGGAAGGCAGGCAGGCGGUCAGAAACAGUGACUAUGCAAUCGCAAGAUUCAAGUUCCUUUCCAAAUUGCUGCUUGUGCACGGACACUUCUAUUACAUAAGAAUAGCUACCCUGGUGCAGUAUUUUUUCUACAAGAAUGUGUGUUUUAUCACGCCCCAGUUUUUAUACCAGUUCUUCUGUCUGUUUUCACAACAAACUCUUUAUGACAGUGUCUAUCUGACACUCUACAACAUCUGCUUCACCUCGUUGCCCAUCCUGGUCUACAGUCUGUUUGAGCAGCUGGUGCAUCCGCACGUGCUGCAGAGCAAACCGGCAUUGUACAGGGACAUCAGCAAGAACUCCAUGCUCUCCUUCAAGACGUUCCUGUACUGGACGCUGCUAGGCUUCUGCCACGCCUUCGUCUUCUUCUUCGGCUCCUACAUCCUGAUGGGCGAGGACACCACGCUCCUGGGCAACGGCCAGAUUUUGAGAGCUAACAGACAACUGAUGUUUGGAAACUGGACGUUUGGAACAUUGGUGUUUACAGUCAUGGUCAUCACCGUCACACUGAAGCUGGCCCUAGAGACCCACUUUUGGACAUGGAUGAACCACUUUGUCACCUGGGGCUCCAUCGCGUUCUAUUUCAUCUUCUCCUUGUUUUAUGGGGGCAUCAUCUGGCCCUUCCUCCACACGCAGGACAUGUACUUUGUCUUUGUCCAGCUGCUGUCCAGUGGCUCCGCCUGGUUCGCCAUCAUCAUCAUCGUGACUGGUUGCUUGUUCCCUGACGUCAUCAAGAAGGUUCUCUAUCGGCACCUACAGCCCACCAGCACCCAGAAGUCUCAGAUGGAAGAGGAUAAGGUUUCAGUCAGCUCAGAAUAUGACUCUGCUCAAAGCAGGAACAGAGGGGAGGACAAUUGGCAACUGCUAGCUGCUUCUCCUCCCCCCGCCCUCGGUGCCGCCCUAUCCUCCCCUAGCUUGUUGAGGCCCAGCAGAGUCAGCAGGGCUCAGUCAGCUGCCUGGACUCCUUGUGCUGCAUCGGGUCGGAGGGGCAGGAGGGGCCGGGCAUCCGUGUCCGGCUGGGCAGGCUGGUGGAGCGGCUGAUGGGCCGCUGUGCGCCCCCCAGGGCCGGCAGGUGCGACCUCUCUCUCUCUAGCCUCUGCUGCAACCGCAUCGGCUACAAGCUGGAGCACGACGAGGCACCCACGCUCGGAGACUGAGCUCCUCUCCCAGUCCACACACACAUGCAGAUAUAUAGACAUGUAGUAUAAAGUAGAGGCUGUUUCAGAGCUACUUUUGUGCCAAUAUGCUCUACAAGCUCCUACCCCCCCCCCACACACACACACACACACACACACACACACACAGUUUCUGGUGAAAACUUGCUUGGUCAAGGACUUCUCAGCCCAACCUCAAAGAGCAGCACUCACACACAUUGGGUUUGUUGACUGGGUUCCCCCUCAGCACGCCUCCGCACGCCACACACACAUUCCUUAAGAGCGGGGACCCAGCCCCCCGUCAGCACCACGCGUACCCUGUAGCAGAAAGCGGGGCCCGUUUCGGAGCCCUUAUUUCACAGCCCUUAUUUUUUUUAUAAAAUUAACCUCUGAGGAGUUUGGCUAAAAAGCUGGAGAGCCGUGCUGAAUGGGGAUGCAGUGUGCUACUAACUUGCCUUCUGAGUGGUGUCCCUUGUGUUGGUUUUGUAUGUCCUCAAUAGCUUUUAAAAUAUUGUCUGCUCGGCCACAUCCAUACUGGGAUCCAGCUGGGGCCAUGCAUGCACCACUAGUAUCUUUUAAAAGUUUCUGUAAUCCUCUGUCUGUAGUCCUGCCAAAUGUGUCUUUGCCUGCCCUGCACCUUCUCGCGAAGCCUGAGGUCUUUUUUACUGCUGCCUUUCUUGUGUGCCUGGUGUAUUUCAGCCUGUUGAGUUUUAUCGUUAAUAGCCACUUUGUCCUGUGCUCAGAGUCCUGUUCUGCAGGUCUUGCGCCUUUGUUAGAUGCUAAAUGGGUCUCUGUGCCACAGAAUGUUAUGGUCCCACGUUGGUCAGACUGGCCACUAUGAAUGACCAGGCUUGUGUGGUGUCAGCCAUGCAAAUGUAAUUGUGGUGAAAUGCACAGCGCUCGGAUGGGAACCAUGACCCCCCCCCCACCCCACCCCACCACCCCACCCUGUCUGCCCAACCUUCCCAAGUGUGCCACUUUGUGUGUUUGUUUUGUAUGUAUUUCUAUGUGUGUGUAUUUGUCGGGUAGGGAUGCAUUUCCCAGUCUUUUGCCAAAGUUCCAUAGUGUUGCGUCUCGAUGACGGCAUGCACAUUUGAUUUCCACAGUGUUGCGUCUCGAUGACGGCAUGCACAUUUGAUUUCCACAGUGUUGCGUCUCGAUGACGGCAUGCACAUUUGAUUUCCACAGUGUUGCGUCUCGAUGACGGCAUGCACAUUUGAUUUCCACAGUGUUGUGUCUCGAUGACGGCAUGCACAUUUGAUUUCCACAGUGUUGUGUCUCGAUGACGGCAUGCACAUUUGAUUUCCACCUUCGGUCUCUCUGGCUUCAAUGUUGCUUUUCUUACGAUUGCACCGUCCACUCUGCUGGAAUGCCAAUGGCCGCUGACGGUUUGCGCUCCUCUAGCUGUUACACAAGAUGAGACGAGGCCCUCACUGGAGCUUGCCACGACUCUCACUGAACAAAACCAUAACAACGCGGUUCCAGCCUUACUGCUAGAGCACUGCCACUGUACAGGCGAGGAAGCAUGUUGCCCGUAGCAACAGCAGCCAAGCAAAGAUGCCUAAUCUGGAAGAUGAUGUUCUGUAGGGAUUCAUUUCCCUCAGCUCCCCAAAAUCCUAGCGUCCACCAGGGGAGCACAUUAUCAGAGAGCACCGGAGGAGGAGCUAUUUUUAGACACAUGGGAAACUGUAGAUUUCUUUUGAAAUGACCGUUAUAUACAUUUUGCUUGUUUAUUUUGUUUUUUACCCGCAACUUGAAGCCUUACCAAGAAGAUGAACAAAUAUGCCUGACCUUCUGCAUGAGAAAUGCCUUGGGCGUUUUGUAUGCGGUUUAAUCUGUGUGUGUGUGUGUGUGUGUGUGUGUGUGAGAGAGAGAGAGAGAGA